UCUACAUGUAUGUAACCAAAAACCUCUCAUUCAACAAUAUAGUUGAUCAAUUUAGUUUGAAGAGAGAAAAAAACAAAAAAAAAUAAUAAUUAAAUAAAUAAAUAAAAACUUUGUCUCAAAUUUCUUUUUUUGUUUUCUAAAAUGAGCAAAGUUUGUAGUCUUCAGUCUUCUAUUCUUUUGUCCAAAAAUAAAUUGUGUAACAAUGAAGAAAAGGGAAGAAAAUUGGUUAAAUUUGCUACUCCUUUUAAGUCACUUAAUUGUUCAUUAUCUAUGAACCACACUAGUAGUACAAGCACUACCAAAAGUAGUAAUGGAAAAUUUGGGAAAUUUGGUGGGAAAUAUGUGCCUGAACUUUUAGUGACAUGCUUGAAUGACCUUGAAGAUGAAUUCUACAAGGCCCUUAAUGAUGCCGAGUUCCAGGAAGAGCUAGGGACGGCACUAAGGGACUAUGUAGGACGUGAAACACCCUUAUACCACGCACAAAGGUUAUCGGAACACUACAAGGACAAAGACGGGCGUGGGCCGGAAAUAUACUUAAAGAGGGAGGAUCUCAACCACGGAGGUGCUCACAAGAUCAACAACGCCCUUGCGCAAGCCAUGCUCGCUAAACGUAUGAGGCGUAUGAGCAUUGUGACGGCUACAGGCGCCGGGCAGCAUGGUGUGGCCACUGCUGCCGUGUGCGCCAAGCUCGGUCUCUCUUGUACCAUUAUCAUGGGUAGAUUGGAUAUAAAGAGGCAACCAUCUAACGUACGCCUCAUGAAGCUUCUAGGGGCACAGGUCAAAUCGGUAGACGGGAACUACAAAGACGCAAGUUCAGAAGCAGUACGGGAAUGGGUGGCAAACUUGGAGACCAGCUAUCACUUGCCUGGGUCGGUCAUCGGGCCCCACCCAUGCCCAACGAUGGUCCGGGAGUUCCAAUCAGUCAUAGGGAAGGAAGUGAGGAAACAAGCGAUGGAGAAAUGGGGUGGGAAACCUGACGUUCUGGUGGCGUGUGUAGGAGGUGGAUCGAAUGCAAUGGGUUUGUUCCAUGAAUUCAUAGAAGACGAAGGGGUUAGAUUGGUUGGAGUAGAGGGUGCUGGAUAUGGAUUAGAAAGUGGAUGGCACUCGGCUACCUUGUCUAAAGGAGAAGUUGGUGUUUAUCAUGGAGCUAUGAGCUACUUGUUACAAGACGAUGAUGGUCAAAUUGUCGGUCCGUAUUCAAUUGGUGUUGGGUUAGAAUGUCCAGGUGUUGGACCAGAGCUCAGCUACCUGAAGGACAACGGACGAGCGGAGUUCCAUGCAGUCGAAGAUGAAGAGGCCCUACAUGCAUACAAGAGGUUGUGCAGGUUUGAAGGAAUUUUCCCAGCCCUGGAAUCCUCGCAUGCAAUAGCUGUUCUGGAGAAAUUGUGCCCUACUCUGCCUCAUGGCACCAAGGUUGUGGUCAACUGCAGUGGUCGUGGUGACAAGGAUGCCGCCACUGUUCAGCAGCUUGACCAACUUCUCUUAUUUAAUGCUAUGGUAGAAAAAAAAAAUCCAUCAAACAGCUCUAAACAGCUCUCACUAUGCACUGACUGCAGCGAUAUUCCAUCUGAAGAACAUAUAAGUUUUGGCACAGAGAGUACAAAGGUCUUGCACUAGAAGAAAAGGCUACACAUGUAACCGUUAUACAUCAGAAAGAAAAUUUUAGGCUGGUAACACUAACACUAGCAGUUUAGCUAAAUAAUAUCGUAGAACAGGGUGUGGAGAUUACCUGGAAGAUAAGACUAGUUCUACCUCCUCCGUAUAUCUGUAAUCAAGUCCACAACGAUGGUCUUCUCUUUGCUGAAGCCAUAAUUUACACAUUAAUAAAUAACAAAUAUUUAAAUAGGCAUAGUGGUGAAAUAAAGUAUAGACUAGAAGAGAAAGGUAUUCUCAUAAGUCAGUGUGGCUAGCUACUGUAAUUCCAAAAUAUGCAAUAAAAUAUAUGCUGAAGAGGUGAGAAUAACUCUAAUUUUUCAGGCUA